GCCCCUUGCCCCUGAUUUUUAGCUGGCGAUUCCCCGUAUCUCGUUCUCUUUUUCGCAUCAUGGCGGACCGCUUCAAUAAGGUUCUGCUCAUAGACGGCAGGGGGCAUCUCCUUGGACGUUUGGCCGCCCUUGUUGCCAAACAAGUUUUGCUUGGUCACAAGGUAGUGAUAGUAAGAUGCGAGGGAAUAAAUAUUUCCGGAAACUUCUAUCGUAACAAGUUGAAGUACCUUGCCUUUCUCCGUAAAAGGAUGAACACCAAUCCAUCUCGUGGACCAUACCAUUUCAGAGCUCCUAGCAAGAUUUUCUGGAGGACAGUGAGAGGUAUGCUGCCACACAAAACGAAGAGAGGGCAGGCAGCACUUGACAGACUAAAAGUCUUUGAUGGGAUCCCACCACCCUAUGAUAAGAGGAAGCGCAUGGUUGUUCCAGCUGCUUUGAAGAUUGUUCGCUUAAAACCUACUCGUAAGUUUGCCGUUCUUGGUCGCCUUGCCCAUGAAGUUGGGUGGAAAUACCAGGCCAUCACAGCCACACUUGAAGAGAAAAGAAAGCAGAAAAGCAACCUCUUUUAUAAGAAAAAGAAGCGAGAAAUGAAGUUAAAGAAAGUGGCUGAAAAGAAUGUUGAGAGCAAAAUUGCUAAAUAUACGGAUGUUCUGAAACAAUACGGUGUUCUCGUUUAAGUUUUCGGUCUUCAGAGGCAAAUAAAUGUUAAUAGCCAAC